UAUCGGUCUAACUGCAAGCUGUCUUUAGUGGCUGUUGUUCCCUUCUUAUGCACACGUCCCAGGCCGGGUCCCACUAACUUCCCCAUUGACUGGUGAGUCACUUUUGCUUUCCCGUUGUCGCCUUCCGUGAAUUCUGCGCGCACCCCGCAGGCGCCCCACGCUCGCCCCCAGCCCUCCGCCUGGGCUCCACACUUCCUAGCCGAGGUUGGCGGCCGCGCGGCUUCCAGCACCCACUCCCCGGGGUUCGGGCGGGAGCGGGUCACACACCGCAGCUCCAGCCCAGCGCCCGCGGGCCGGGCCGGCCUUCGGGUCCCUCUCCUCCCCGCUCCCCGCUGAGGACUCGCAGUACCCCGACUUGGUUUGACGUGCGUCCCACCGCUGGGGCGGCUUGCGGGCGGAGUCCAGCCCCAGGCGGGUGCGGAGUGGCGGCGGCUGUCCCCCAGGUGCGGGGUCCCGUCCGAGGGGAGCGCGGAUGGGCAGAGGAGCCCUGAGCGCCGCCCGGAUGCUGCUGCCUAUUGGCCUCUCCCGGAGCGACGCGAGCCCUGGGGCCGAGCCUGCCCUGGGCGCACUGGGGGCCGGAAGGGGGCUCUGGACUUGGAUCCCUCCCCCUCUCCCUCUGCGUGCCCGAGCACUGCGGCUCUCAGACCCUCCUCCUCCCAGGUACGAGCCGGGAGAGGAGGGCGCGUCUCGCCUGCCGGCGCUCCACCAUGGGCAAUAUCUCCAAUGACUCCUGGCCGGAGGACUGCGGGUCUCGGCAGUGGCUCCCCUCCGGCGAAAGCCCGGCCAUCAGCUCGGUGAUGUUCUCGGCCGGGGUGCUGGGGAACCUCAUAGCUCUGGCUCUGCUGGCGCGCCGCUGGCGGGGGGACGCGGGACGCGGCGCGGGACGCGGGAACUCGGUCUCCCUGUUCCACGUGCUGGUGACGGAGCUGGUGUUCACCGACCUGCUCGGGACCUGCUUCAUCAGCCCGGUGGUGCUGGCUUCCUACGCUCGGAACCGGACCCUGGUGGCGCUGGCGCCUGAGAGCCGCGCGUGCACCUACUUCGCCUUCGCCAUGACCUUCUUCAGCCUAGCCACGAUGCUCAUGCUUUUCGCCAUGGCCUUGGAGCGCUACCUAUCCAUCGGGCACCCUUAUUUCUACCAGCGCCGUGUCACGCGCCGGAGCGGCCUGGCAGUGCUUCCCACCAUCUACGUGGUCUCCCUACUCUUUUGCUCGCUGCCGUUAAUGAACUAUGGGCAGUACGUCCAGUACUGCCCGGGGACGUGGUGCUUCAUCGAGCACGGCCAGACGACGUACCUGCAGUUGUACGCCACCCUGCUGCUGCUCCUCAUCGUCGCAGUGCUCGCCUGCAACUUCAGCGUCAUCCUCAACCUCAUCCGCAUGCACCGUCGGAGCAGCAGAAGUCGCUGCGGGCCCUCCUUGGGCAGCUGCCGGGACGCCCCUGGGCCCCGCAGGCGAGGGGAAAGGGUGUCCAUGGCCGAGGAGACAGACCACCUCAUUCUCCUGGCUAUUAUGACCAUCACCUUUGCUGUGUGCUCCUUGCCUUUCACAAUUUUUGCAUACAUGAAUGAAACCUCUUCCCGAAAAGAAAAGUGGGACCUCCAAGCUCUUAGAUUUUUAUCAAUCAAUUCCAUAAUUGACCCUUGGGUCUUUGCCAUCCUUAGGCCUCCUGUUCUGAGACUAAUGCGUUCAGUCCUCUGUUGUCGAGUUUCAUUAAGAACACAAGAUGCAACACAGACUUCCUCUUCUAUACAGUCAAAUGCCAGUAAACAGAUUGACCUUUGUGGACAGUAGUUAAGAAGUGCUUAGUUAGCCAGCAUCUCUGGAAGAUCAUUUUGAAAUGGCUCCUUGGAGAAAUGAAAAAAGCUAGUUUAUAAACAAAACAAAGCUACCCUAAUAAAACAGAGUAAACAAACAUUUCAGCAGUGGUUUGCGCUACAGAGGUGCUGACAGGGCACAUCACAGAAGGUGUCAGAAGGAUGAGCAUGUUACAUGGUCUCCGAGAAGAAACCAACUGCAUUUAGGAUCCGGUUGCCUUUUGAUUUAAGCUUUCCUGUUGAAUGAGAGAGCAUGUGGUUUUGUAAUUUGUUUAAAACCCUAAGUAGUUACUGUGUUUUCUAUUUUAAUCUUCUAUGUUACUGCUGCCAUAAACAUACAGUGUACAGCCGGGCCAGAUAAAACAUCACAUGUAUUCUCUAGGAAGUCCAUACGAGGAAGCAACCAAGCCUGGUGUCUUGUGAUUGCUUAAGAAGCCCUUUGUUUGGCCAGUGAAUUUGGAAAUCACAGGCACUUUGUAGUGUCGUAUUUGUGCGCGUGGGAGGACUCUCUGGUCACUACAGUAUUACGCGUGGAAAAGUAAGUGAGCUCAGCUGGGUAACGUCACCUUUUCACUCCUCCUCCGGAAGCCGGGUGUCAAAGUAUCAGGUUACUUAUUUUAUAAUGUCUGUUGUGCCAACAGUACUCAAGAACACUUUUGGAAUUUUUUUCUCCACAAAAAAAUAAUAGGCUAUUAAGAGAGUUAAUUCUGAUUAAUAUUUUUCAUUCUGUUUCCGGGGAGAGGAUAGGGGGCUAUGCCUACAAUCAAGUAUUAGAAUUAAGAAUGGAAAAAUCUGAUCAUUUCUCAGGAAACCCUGAAACGCUUCUAAGGCUCAGGCUGAGGCCAUGACUAACAUCUACUUUAUAAAGUGACUGUGUUGUAGCAAAACUCAUGCAUCUACAUUUUUAUCCAGGAAGCAUGGUUUGACUCAUACUAUAUAGGAAAUAAUGCAACGGUGAGUCAUAUCUUAAUAUGUUUCUAAAUCUAAAUGUUUGCCAUAGUAUAAACCUGGCAUUAAAAUAUUUCAGUGUAUUUGCACUGCUUAAUCAUCUUAGUUCCUGCGUAAACUCAUCUGAAAUGUUACAAAAAUAAACUAUGAAACAAAAAUUUAGAAAUGAAAUAGUGUUGAUGAGUUCCCCUAAAUAAUAGUUUAUAGAGUAGAUGCGUUUUUAAUGAGAUAAAAGUAGAAAAUUAUAUUUAUUUUGGCAGUUUUUAAGGUAUGGUUUCAUUGUGAUUUAAAUGUUAAAAUAGUCAGUAUAGUACUUGGUAUUAGAGUAUUUUUUUUCCUUACAGCAUGAUCUUCAGAAUAGGAGAACCACCUUAUUUAUUUAUUUAUUUUGUAGUGUCUUAUUACAGGACAGCUGUUAUAAAAAAACAAAAAGGGGAUGUUAGUUUUUUCCAAGGUCUCAUUGAGUUGCUUACGUAAAACCAUUUCCUAUAAGUAGUUAUCAAACUAGGUGAUCACUUAAAGUGAUUCCAAACCAAUCUAACAUCAGAAUAUUUUGACACAAUCUAUGUUGAAUCAGCUCUUAUUUUUAAAAGAAUAAAUAAAUGGUUUGCUUUUCUACUGAUUUAAACAAACCACGCAAAUUUAACAUAACUGAAAUCUGGACAUGUAAAUAAAUCUUCCCUGCAAACGAGUAUUCUAAAGUUAAGAAAUUGUUCUAAAUAGGACUAGUAAUUACACUCAUGGGUAAUUCCUAAACAUAAAAUUCUGAAGUUACUUUGAAUCUGGAAGACUGAUUUCUUUUAUCAGAUGACUAUUUUUUCCUCCAAAUGAAAAUGUUAACUACAGUCCUUCAUGCCACCUCACCAUCACCCCUAAAUUCUGGAAUAAUGCCUGAGAACCUAAAAAAAGAACAACAGCAAAAACAAAACAAAAACAAAA